UCUAGCGAGUGCGGGAAGAGGACGCUCGGUCCCUCUUUGGAUUAAAGUUUCGCCCCUCGACCGCCUCUGGGACUUUUUUAAAUCGGAAUUCUAGGCAGAUUCCGCGAUGCCUAAGCCAGGGUACCACACGAUAGAGCUGAACAAGACGGAAUGGGAGGUGCCGCAGAAGUACACCAUGCUCUCCCCUGUGGGCUCGGGGGCGUACGGCCAAGUGUGCUCGGCCUUGGACUCGAAGACGGGGCGGAAGGUGGCCAUCAAGAAGCUGGCGCGGCCCUUCCAGACGCACAUCCACGCCAAGCGCACCUACAGGGAGCUCCGCAUGCUCAAGCACAUGGACCACGAGAACGUAAGUUGGCUGGCGGGGGUCUCGCGCGGGUGGCGCUCGCUUCCUCCGGUCGAGUAG